AUGAAAACUGUGAUGGGGAUAAAGGUGAUGAUUGAAUUGGACAAAAAUGGUUGGACCGGUAAAGGAGGUAUUGUUGACAAAGAUGAUGAUUGGUUUGGCAAAGGUGAUGAAAAUGGUUGGACUGGUAAAGGAGGUAUUGUUGAUGAAGAUGAUGAUUGGUUUGGUAAAGGUGUAUUG